UUUUUACUCAAAAUACGGUAUUCCAGGAAUAAUAGGAGUCGUAGAUGGUACGCAUGUUCGCAUCAAGUCGCCAAAAUCAGAAGAAAGACAUCUGUAUUACAACAGAAAAGGAUAUUACAGCCUGAACGUUAUGAUUAUAUGCGACCAAAACAUGGUAAUUAAUUUUGUUGAUGCCAGACAACCAGGAGCCAAUCACGACUCCUUUAUUUGGAAAAAUAGUGUGGUAGAUAAAUACCUUAGGAAUGAGUUUAAUAGAGGCAAAGUAAACUCCUGGAUUAUAGGUGAUUCCGGUUAUCCUCUUCUCCCAUAUUUAAUGACACCGUAUAGAACAAUUAAUAGUAAUGAGGAAGAAAAUUUUAACAAUCGCUUUUGUAAGGCCAGAAACAUAAUAGAGCGUUGCAAUGGAGUUCUUAAGGGCAGGUUUCGAAGCAUUAUUGGUGAUAGAGGUUUGUUGUAUAGUACCAAGAAAGCUACACAGAUUGUAAAUGCAAGCUGUGCUUUACACAAUGCUUGCAUAUUUUAUAAGAAUGAUUGGCCCUAUCCUCAGGAAGUUCUAGAUCCGGAAGUAGAUAUAAUUGAGGAAGAAGAUGCAGAUAAUACUGCUGCUGCCGAAAUACGAAGGCGGUUAGCACAAAGUUUGUCACAAUAG